CUGCACCCCGCACUUGCCCCCACUCACCCUCCCCCCACCCAGCCCCGCGCGCUCCUCCCCGGCCAGCCCCUCCGCGCGCAGCGCGCUGGAGGCGAACGCGGGCUGAGUCGAGCGCCGUGGCCGCCGACCACCGAGCGCCCCGUGCUGCUCCCUGCAUGUGCAGCCCGCGGCGGCUCGCAGCCCCCGGCAGCAGCCUCGGCAGCUUCGGCCGGGCUUCGAGAAGCGGCUGCAGAGGCUCCAGAGGCAGCAGAGCAGCCGAGCCCGGGCUGGGAGACACGAUGCGCCGCGUCCUCCGGCUGCUGCUCGGCUGCUUUCUCACCGAGCUCUGCGCCCGCGUGUGCCGGGCGCAGGAGCGAGCGGGGCACGAGCAGCUGGCGCAGCUGGGCGGCGUGUUGGUGCUUACUGGGGGGAACCGCUCCGGGGCCGCCUCCGGGGAGGCCGGCGAAGGCGCAGGGGUCUCGGACGCGCCCCCGACCCGGGCGCCCACGCCAGACUUCUGCCGGGGCUACUUCGAUGUUAUGGGCCAGUGGGACCCGCCGUUCAACUGCAGCUCGGGCGACUUCAUCUUCUGCUGCGGGACUUGUGGCUUCCGGUUCUGCUGCACGUUUAAGAAGCGGCGUCUAAACCAGAGCACCUGCACCAACUACGACACCCCACUCUGGCUGAACACGGGCAAGCCCCCCGCACGCAAGGACGACCCCUUGCACGACCCCACCAAGGACAAGACCAACCUGAUCGUUUACAUCAUCUGCGGGGUGGUGGCCGUCAUGGUGCUCGUGGGCAUCUUCACCAAGCUGGGACUGGAGAAAGCGCACCGGCCCCAGAGGGAGCACAUGUCCAGGGCCCUUGCAGAUGUCAUGAGGCCACAGGGCCACUGCAACACUGACCACAUGGAGAGAGACCUGAACAUUGUGGUCCAUGUGCAGCAUUACGAGAACAUGGAUACCAGAACCCCCAUAAAUAAUCUCCACUCUACCCAGAUGAACAACGCAGUGCCCACCUCCCCUUUGCUGCAGCAGAUGGGCCAUCCACACUCAUACCCCAACCUGGGCCAGAUCUCCAACCCCUAUGAACAGCAGCCUCCUGGCAAAGAGCUCAAUAAGUACGCCUCCUUGAAGGCUGUCGGAAGCUCUGAUGGUGACUGGGCAGUGGCGACACUUAAGUCACCAAAAGCGGACAAGGUAAAUGACGACUUCUACUCCAAGCGCCGGCACCUGGCCGAGCUGGCCGCCAAGGGGAACCUACCUCUGCACCCUGUGAGAGUGGAGGAUGAGCCGCGGGCCUUCAGCCCUGAGCACGGCCCCGCCAAGCAGAACGGACAAAAGUCUCGCACCAACAAAACGCCCCCACAUCCCCUGGCCUACAAUUCCACCACCAACUUCAAGGGCUGGGACCCCAACGAGCAGUCUCUCCGGCGACAGGCUUACGGCAACAAGGGCAAGCUUGGCACAGCUGAGUCAGGCUCCAGCGACCCCUUGGGAACUCGCCCCCAGCACUACCCGCCCCCACAGCCAUACUUCAUCACCAACAGCAAAACGGAAGUGACUGUGUGAGCUUUCGCUGCACGGUGCAUCCUGGAGAGCACAGUCAACCGAGAGGCAGAAAAUAGUCCGGCCCACACCCUCCCUGGCCUCCCCCCACACAGCCACCCCCACACUCACUCUCCACACCAACCGACCAGAAACCUACUGGUGACAACGGAAUCACGUUUUUCCCAGGUCAUACCUAACACGUGUUGGCGGGCAGCUGAGCAGGAAUGAAACAUGGACAUUCAGCAAUACAGCAAGGGGACACUGAAGCACAUUCUUUUGACUUCAGGCCCAAAGUUGCCGACUCACAUGCCCAAAACUGUGGGGCUAAUUUUUCUUUUCCUCUUAACUUGAAACUAAAAUCCAUGAUGAAACAUAAUAGUAGCACAAUUUAGAGAGAUUGUCCAUUUGAGCACAUAUACCAUUUGCCAGGAGCUGUUUCUGGGUGAAUGAGCCAGGGUGCAAGGGGGGGUGUAGAAACUGAGGGUGGACACUCAAGAUGAGUGUCCUUGAAAAGAGGAGUCAUUUGGGAGGAACCUGUGCACAUUAUAAGCAUUUUCUAAUCCCAAAAAGUGGUGAUGUGAACACAUAAUUUUGAUGAGCGUGAGACAGUAACUGGACCCUAACCAUUUAUAGUCCUUUUCAUAUCAUUAAUGUUGGAAGCAAAAAACAACACAUACUCAGACUCACAAAAUGUAAAUGACCCUGAACCCACCGACAGUGAUGGGAAAGAAGGAUGAUUUUAGGACUCCUAUUAAGACCAUGACCAUGGAAAUGGGAGGGAUGAGAUUUUAUGGCAGGCAGGGGGUCCAGAGAGUAUUAAAUAACAUUUUUUAGAAAAAAAAAAGAAAAAGAAAAAUGAAAUAUAAGUCUACUA